UACCUGUUCACCGUAUAUACACUAAUACACACCCUCCUCUAUUCUCAUCUCUCACAAACAAAUCAAACUUCUCUUAGUUCUCUUUUAUUUGUCGAAGGAAUCAGACCUCAUGGCGGCCAAGCUUCCAUUGGUUCUCUUCCUCUCCUCCCUCUUCAUCCAUGCAGCUCUAGCUGCUUUUGUAUGUGAGGAUUUGCCAAAUGAUGUUUGCGCAUUUUCGGUGUCAUCUGCCGGGAAAAGAUGUUUAAUCGAGACGAUGGCAAAGAACGAUGGAAGCGUAGAGUACCAGUGCAGGACAUCAGAGAUUGUGGUUGAGGGUUUGGCCGAGUACAUGGAGACAGAUGAGUGUGUGAAUGCUUGCGGUGUUGAUAGAAAGUCCGUCGGAAUUUCCUCCGAUGCCCUUCUUGAGCCUCAGUUUAUGGGCAAGCUUUGCUCUCCCAACUGUUACCAGAAGUGCCCCAACAUUGUUGAACUUUACUUCAACUUGGCCGCCGGAGAGGGAGUGUUCUUGCCUGAUCUGUGUGAGAGACAACGAUCCAACCCUCGCCGUGCCAUGAUUGAACUGAUGAGCUCCGGCGAUGCAGCCCCUGGUCCUAUUUCAUCAGAAGACAUACAUGCCGCCCCUGGCCCCGCUUCAGAUUACUUCCCCGCUUCUUCCCCUGUUCCUUCUCCAGCUCCUUUCUAAUGGUGCUAUGUGAUUUCUUCUUCAUCACAUUGUUUCAUUUAAUCAUUUUCAAUAUAUAUUAGUGUAAACUGAGCGAGAAAUAAUUAAUGUCUAGCAAAGAAAUAGACCUAAA